AUGUCUCUGGACUCGGUAGGUGUGUGUUUUUGUCGACCGAAUGCUUUCCAGAUCCUCAACAGUGUUGAUCUUCUGCUAAUCGACAUCUCCGAUAACCUCAACCGCCUUUUGACUACUCUAACAAUUUUUAUUCCUGUGUUUGUUAUCUCCUUUGCCAUUCUCGUUGUUCUCUUGAUCCUAAUCAUCAUUUUCACCAUGGUCCUUCAGUGCAAAAAAUACCAGCGGGUCGAAUCACUGCGUCGGCGGAGUGUACCGUCGAUUGAAAGUCCGCAAUCUAGUCGGACGGAUUACAAGCGCGUUUCCUCACCUGUUGAAAAGUUGGUUGUAGAGGCGAAAUAA